AUUUGUGGAGUGGACUGCUGCUGGCCAUUUUCUCCAUGACACUGGGGAUUGUUUCUAACAUGGCAGCAAUGAUAAUUCUGGUUAAGCUGCGUUCACGCCCCUGCAUGCGUCGCCGCUCCAGAGCUUUCCUCCUGUUAGCCACUUCACUGGUAGUUACAGACUUCCUGGGUCACGCCAUCCUCGGCUCUAUUGUCCUGAAGCUCUACGUGUUCUGGGACGGUUCUGUAGCACAGGAAGCUGAAGCAGAUGCGUUGUGUCAUUUCCUGGGUGGAAGCAUGGUGUUUUUUGGGCUUUCUUCACUCUUUAUGGGCAGUUUGAUGGCAGCAGAGCGGAGUGUGGGCAUCACCAGACCGCUGCUUCAUGCCUCCCUGGUCAGUGGAGGUCGAGCUAAACUGGCUGUGGUAAUGAUAUGGCUGGUGGCACUGUGUGUGGCGCUGAUGCCUGGUUUGGGAGUGGGUACGUAUACCUACCAGUACCCGGGGACGUGGUGCUUCAUCAGGGUGCUGCAGGGUGUGGAGGUGCUGGACGUGGUGUUUGUGCUGAUGUUCUCGUCGCUGGCGUUUGGUUCUCUUGGAAUCUCACUACUUUGUAACAUUGUGAGCGGACUCACCCUGCUGGCUGGGAGGAUACGGCCACACCCGUGCAACCGCCACCACUCCAAAUCACAUGACAUCGAGAUGGUAGUGCAGCUAGUAGGCUUCAUGCUUACUUCCUGUAUCUGCUGGAGCCCCCUGCUGGUUCUCAGUGUGCUGAGUGUUACACACUCGUAUGGUGGACACGGCGCUGUACAGGAUGGUGAUGGGCGUGGUUAUGAUGGUGGAAGCUGGUACGAGGCUCUGAUGGUGAAAAGUGUACGACUGGCUUCCUGGAAUCAGAUCCUGGACCCCUGGGUUUAUAUCCUGCUGCGCCGCUCUGUUCUCUACAGACUCAUCAGCAUCAUCACCAGGACACACAGAGAGGACCUGAGAGAGACCAGCAUGUUCCUCAGGGGCACCACACCCUCCUGGCGUGGUGGAAACAUGGUCGCUAGCACUCACACUGAGCACAGUGCAGAACUGAGGUAGUAUUGUCUGUGUAAAACCUGAAGUUGAUCACUGGUGCUGUGACACACACACACACACACACUAAAUAAUGAAAGAAUUGAGCGAUUUAACAUGAUUUAAUGUGAAUUCUCUGGAUUCUUUUAAUCUUUUCAUGAUAUUACAUACGGUAGAUGGUGAAAGACCUAAAUAAUUUGCAAUACUGGCGUGAGAAAUGUUCUCUCCUGAAUGUUGAAACACAGGGGUGAGUUAUGACCCAUCAUUGCUUGUACAGACUGAUCCUGAUCCAGGUGGAUCCUUUUAUACCCGAUUGUGAUUUCCUCACCUGGUAUCAACUUCUGUCUCUGUCCAACUUUUUUGUAGUUACAGCAUCAAAUUCUAAACGUGUUUUGAUCAGUGAAAUAUUGGAAAUCUUUCCUUUCUACUUUUAUCAGUUAAAUAAAGAUUGAAGAGAAUGAAACACUUCACACAUUCUUCUUUAUACUGUGUUUUACUAAAUGUCCCAACUUUUCAGAAUCGAUUCAUUUUGUUCUAUUCUCAGAAAAGCACAUUUUACUAUAACAAUCUCAAACAAUAUAAGUUGUAAUGUAACACUAAUAUAAAUGUCUGAUUGUUUAAAAUAAUUGUAUUUGUACCAGACGGAAAAUAAACCUGAGGAAGAGAAUUGUGAAUAAAUGAGUGAGUGGGUUAUCCAAGUGUCGCCAGAUGCACAACAUCUACAAUCAUCAUGAAGUGAUGAACAUAAAUGAAUGAAUAAAUGAAUGAAAUGUUAAUAAAUAAAUAAACACAUUAUGCUGUUUUA